UUUUCAAUAGAAAAAGAAUACAAAAUGGGAGGAAAAUCUCAAAGAAAGAGGGCUGCAAUUUCAAAAACAACCAAACUCCAGAAGCAGAAAUGGCCAUUUCUCAGUCCUUCAUCAUGGCCGGUUAUUCAGUACCUCUCGCCCUCACUCCCAAACCCUACUGCAGAAUUAGGGCUAGGGUUUCUUCACAUCCUAAAACAUUAACUUUCCUCCGCCUCGAGAAAUCCCACCCGCGCAACCUCAGCAGCAGCAGCAGCAGCAGAUCUUACUCCAACACUAGAUUGAAUGCUGCUGGGCUAUCGGAAAUCGAGCCCGAUCUCUCCGAAGAGGCGCGCGAUCGGUGGGCCACUAACGGUAUCAGCCCUGAUGAAUUUAUUUAUGGAGAGUAUGAUGGGCACCACACAUAUCACGAAGGCCAUGAAGGCCAUGAAGGGACAUUUUGGGAAGGAGUCAUGUCAGAGUAUACAGCCGCGGAACCUCCUUCAGGUUUUCAAGGGAUCAUGUCAUGGCUCUUUCUUCCAGCCAUGGCUGCUGGGUUCGUAUACCACGUCCCGGGAGAGUACUUGUAUAUUGGUGCAGCUGUUUUCGUGGUGAUUUUCUGCGCUAUUGAGAUGGGGAAACCAGAUAAACCCCACAAUUUCGAGCCUCAGAUUUACAACAUGGAGAGGGGAGCCCGUGACAAACUGAUAGCUGAUUACAAUUCCAUGGACAUAUGGGACUUUAAUGAGAAGUAUGGGGACCUCUGGGAUUUCACUGUGAAGAGGGAUGAUAUUGUGAGAUGAAGGAUCAUUGCCUACGGACGAGUGCCUAAUCAUUCCACAUCAAUCUGUCCAUGGUACUAGAAGUUUUAAAGCUCCUAAGGAAGCGUUUGGAUGCACAAGCGAAUAGAAUCAUGAUCAUUCAGUGAAAUCAGGUGGAAAUGGCAACUUGUAGUUUCAUUCCUGUACAGUGCCACUUGAAUGUAAUGUUUGAAUGUUCUAAUGCAACUCAAAUAUGGGUAGUGCAUCCAAACACUCAAAGGUGGUGAUUGGUUUAUGAACUAGCAACCCGUUUGAUGACUUCAAUGCAGACAAUGAAAACAAGAAUUUAGAA